AAUAGUUUAUAAGUGUCAGUUAGUUAGGUGGAGCGCGGACCGAUGCUGCCUGUCACACAGAACACGACAACUGACUGAUUUUCGUUACUAUUUCUGUCACAGUGAACCAAUUAAUUGGCCAUCAUGAAGAGGCUACACGUAUGGCUUUUGUGUAUCGCGUACUUUAUGUUUUCUCUAAAUGUUGGUCGUUGUGACGCACAAGAUGUACCUUUGGAGAUCGAUAGCCAAACACCGCUAGACAGUAAACAACCAGAUGAUGAUAUAGAAGGAAGCGGAGAUCCAACGAUAGAUGAGCCCGCUAUAGACAUAUCUAAAAGUAUACAGCCCCGAAUAGAGCAUAUGCUACCCAUAAACUUCGAUGAAGAUGAGCAAGAUCAAAACAUGUCAUCAGCGGAAAUAACAUGUCCAAAACCAUGUGUUUGCAGUAUUGAAGGUGAAAAAAACAAUAUUGUUGUGGAUUGUUCCGGAUACGAUCUGACUGAAUUACCAUUACCAUUAGAUCCCAGAGUAACUGUACUGAAAAUAAAAAAUAACAAGCUAACUGAAAUCCCGAAAGAAUUAUCUGAACUCAAGAAUUUGAAAAUUUUAAGCGCUGAUAAUAAUUCCAUUAUGGACUUGGCAGCAGGAUCCGUGAGUGAACUUCCUAACCUGGUUACAUUGACGUUGGCCAAUAAUCGUCUAAUUGAGUAUCCUAAAGAUUUACAAAACAGUAUUUCUUUGGAUAAGUUAGAAGAAUUGGACUUGUCAGGAAACGAUAUUAGAACGGAACUAAAACCAGAACUAUUUACACCAUUCAAAUCAUUACGUAAAGUGACAUUACCAAGCACAACAUCAGAGUUUCUAGAAGGCAUAUGUAAAAACUUAAAAGAAUCCUUGGAAUCUAUUUGCACUGAAUCAUGUAAAAAUCAGGUUUACGAGUGUCCUGAAGCCCCACAUAUAAUAGAAGAUGAGCUAUUUGAUGCCAUAUUGCCCGGAAUGAUUCCUCUUAACGUGCAAAGCACCACAAAUGCUGAACCUACUAUAGGUACCGUUAAAGCUGAUGAAACACAAGAUAAAAACACAUUACCAACAACAGAAAGUUCACUUAAUGUUACAGAGUUUUCUCUUCGUUCCGAAAUAAAUAAGGAACCAGCCGCCAAUGUAGCCUUUAAUUCGAUUCUUGUAGCUCCAAAAGAAACAGAGCAACCUGAAUCAGAUGUUAAAAUUGGCGCAAAAACUGCAGAUACUACAAAAACAGGGGGGGUUGAUAAAAGUAUUAUAGGAGUGAUCGUAGCAGGAAUGGUUGUUAUAGUAGCAGUUAUAGCUAUCAAAAAGAAUUGGAGCUCGAUAAAGAAAAAGUUUAGUUCAACUCCAAGACCCAACGAACGAACAGCAAAUGCUAACGGAACUACUCCGGAAGAAGUCCCACUACAGGAUAAAACAGACAAUAAGUUGCCUGUUUAAUCAUUACGAAAAACGUUUUUUUGAUACAAUUUUCGUUUAUGCUGUGGACUUAUGUGAAUGAAUUUGAUCUGAAUGCCAAGAGAGUGUAAAAAGUGUAUAAAUUAUUAUUUUCAUACCGCUGUGAUGUGGAAUUGUGUAUGCAUGAAAAACAAUCAAACCUAUACAAUAGAAUAAAUUAUAAGUAUAAUUAUACGUAUUGAUACAUUUGUAAUGUAAAUAAGUAUUAAACACAUUUUAUACAUUAUCUUAGAUAAUUAUAUUACGAUGAAAUUAU